CUCGACAGUUCGCAUCGAGAGUCGCCCCGAGUUGCUCGACGGCCGCUCCGUCGCUUCGACCGCGCAACCUUACACGCCUCCCGAGGAAGGACAGCGCGGCGAGCGUCCAUUUGUAGUCGCCGCGUCGCUUCUUGAGGGAAGUUCGUGUGAUUGGUGACGAUGAUCGCGAGUGGCCGGUUGUUCGCUCGUUCUCUUCGCUCGCACGUGCUACCCUCGGCGAAAGAUCGAUAAAGGGCAUGCCGGCAGUCCCGGCGACGACGAUAUCGACCUUCCGGCAGAUUACUCCAGCGGCGUUGCGGUAAACACAACCACCAUCGUGGGAGUCCGGCGACAAGAGAGAGCGAGAGAGAGAGAGAGAGAAAGAGAGAACUAGAUAGUGAGGAGAAGAGGAGCGAAGUCGUUUGUUUACUACGUGGGAGCUCGCUUUGUUGUCCCGCGUCAUUCGUUCCACUUUCGAUCACCGUUACGAUCGUUGCACGAAUGCGAGAUCACGAGGAGGACGUAUUAGGUGAUUAGACUAUCGUCCCGUUUGCACUGCGGACGAGGUGGCGGGAGAGAAAACGCGGCGGUGAGAUAAGACGCGCAGGGGGAGAAGGGGGGGGAGGGGGGAAGAGGCAUCGCGAAGGUGGCAGAGCGAGAAAGGCAGCUCUCCUUUUAUCGGCGAGCGAUGGAGGACAAUGGUCAGGGGAACCCGGGCGACAGCGCGGUGGUGCUCGAGGAGAUCUUCUACGUGACAUCGAAGCGGAACACGUACUACAAGGUACGUUUGACGGAGAAGGGUCUGAGCCUGCACAAGGAGCACAACGGCGCGACGAAGAGCGAGACGAUCGCCCUAGGUGACAUAAUCGGCUGCAGGUGCAUGCGCUCGAAGCGCAGAAACGCGGGCAGUUGCGCCUGUCGGCCGGGCGCGUCCAAGUCGCAGGUGAAGCUGGUGGAGUCGUCUUCGUCGUCGGUGGAGACGUACCAGGCGAGCUACUACGACGAGCUCGACACGUCCGCGUACCUCUACAUAUACGCGUACGCGUUGAAGAAGACGCGGGUCAAGGGCGGCAUCAGGCGCGAACGCACCACCAUCACGCUGCGUUUCCGCAGCUUCGACAAGUACGAGGACAAUCUGCGCGAGGCGAGCAGGUGGCGGCUGGCGAUCAAGUGCCUGGUCGCCAACGCGCCCGUACCCAGGAGCCUCAUGAGCCCCAGCCACGGCAAUCUGGAUGCGUUGAUGAGGGCGUGUCCCGGCGAGAAUCGCAAGUUGUUGGUGCUGCUGAAUCCGAAGUCGGGGUCCGGCAGAGGCAGGGAGACCUUCCAGAAAAGGAUACACCCGAUUUUGUCCGAGGCGGAGAGACCGUAUGAGAUUCACAUUACUAAGCACGCUAAUUACGCCCGCGAGUUCAUACGCACGAGAGAUAUCUAUCAGUGGAGCGGCUUGCUGAUGGUCGGCGGCGACGGGAUCGUUUUUGAAGUUGUGAAUGGACUUCUUCAGAGGCCCGACUGGGAGAAGGCUUUACGCGAGUUGCCGCUCGGUGUGAUACCGUGCGGCUCCGGCAACGGCUUGGCAAAGUCCAUCGCUCACGCUAAACAGGAGCCGUACGACCGCAAUCCCAUGCUGAUCAGCGCGCUGUCGGCGGUUAAGAGUAAAAGGAUGCCGAUGGAUCUGGUGCGCGUGGAGACCAGAAAUCAGAUUCUCUUCUCGUUCCUGUCGGUCGGCUGGGGCCUCAUAGCCGACAUCGACAUUGAGAGCGAACGGCUGCGCGCAAUCGGAGGCCAGAGGUUCACCGUUUGGAGCGUCGCGCGCCUGAUAGGAUUGAGAACGUACAAGGGCAAGAUAUCGUACUUGCCUUGCAACAGGGUGCCGUCAAUGGAGAACGGAAACGGCAAGAUCUGCCGCAAAGACUGCGCCACGGAGAGCACGUUGUCGCAUUCGCGGAGUUACGGCGACGAACUGGACAGAUACGGUGGCGGCGAGCCGAAGAGUUUCCACACCGCUUUCAGCGAGUCGAUCAACGACCUGAACGACUGCGACGACAACGAAAUUAUCACGGAGAGCUUGACUCUCGAGACCGAGAUCGAGAAGAGGCACCGACUGGACAGCUUUUACUCCGCAACGUCGGCCAAGUCGACUUAUUUCAGCACGGGCUCGGUCUCGAGCUACCACAGUGUCGACGACGCCGACAGCACGGAGAUCGGCGCAGAGAACAUCUGUAGCAGUCAAAUUAUGUACGGGCCGUCGUCCAUCUUACCGGCGCUGACUACGCAACUUUCGAACUGCUGGACGCAGAUUCAAGGAGAAUUUGUGAUGGUACACGCGGCCUAUCAAUCGCAUCUUGGACAGGAUUACUUUUUCGCACCGCGCGCCAGAUUGGCGGACGGAAUUAUCUGGCUUUUAGUAGUUAAAGCUGGCAUCACCCGAGCCAACUUGUUGCACUUUUUGUUAGGUCUAAGUAGCGGAACUCACGUGAUGUGCUCUGGGGUCGAUAUGAUACCAGUGAAAGCCUUCCGAAUCGAACCCAUGGAAGGAACAAGUGGCCACAUCACCGUGGACGGCGAAGAGGUCGACUACGGGCCGCUGCAGGCUGAGAUAUUCCCUUCUCUGGCGACGGUGAUGACACCCUGACGAUAAACGAUAAUCGCGCACACUUAGCGGUGAUAUAUCAGC